CAGGCCUUGCAGUAGUCAACCCUGUCUAAAUGGAGGGACUUGUAUGGAUGGAACCAAUCAGUACAAAUGUAACUGUCCUCCAGAAUGGAGAGGAACCAACUGCCAGAUUAAAGCACCAGCAGUGCCAUCUGACUCGCCAGUACUCAAUGAUGCUGCAUUAAGCCGCAAAGCCAGCUGUACCAGAGUUGACCACACUCAGCACUGUAGCUGUGAUCCUGGCUUUCAGAUGAGUGGAACUCCAGAAAACAGUUUAUGUCAAGAUGUUAAUGAAUGUGAGGUUUACAAGGCAGAAGGAACAACUCGGCUUUGUGUACAUGUGUGUAUUAACACUCCUGGAUCAUAUCGAUGUGCCUGCCCUGCAGGCUAUAGAAUCCUUAGUGAUGGUAAAAAUUGUGAAGAUAUAGAUGAGUGUACUUUAGGACUACACAACUGCACAAAGCAUUCCAUGUGCAUAAACACUGCGGGUGGUUUUCAGUGUGUCUUGCCUGAGUGUCCAAAAUCCUAUGGGAAUAUCAGCUAUGUGAAGACAUCACCAAGUCAGUGUGAACGAAAUCCUUGUCCAAUGGACAGCCGUUCCUGUCAUCAUGCACCAAAGACAAUCUCUUUCCAUUACCUCUCCUUGCCCUCAAAUUUACCCACACCAGUCUCACUUUUUCGUAUGGCAACAGCUUCAGCACCGGGAAGACCUGGCCCAGACAGUCUGAGAUUUGGAAUAGUGGGAGGAAACAGCAGAGGGCACUUUGUCAUGCAAAGAUCAGAUCGACAGACAGGAGAACUAAUACUUGUGCAAAGUCUUCAAGGACCACAGACCAUAGAAGUGGAUGUGGACAUGUCUGAGUACUUAGACCGCAUGUUCCAAGCGAAGCAUGUUUCAAAGAUCACUGUCUUUGUUUCAGCUUAUAGCUUUUAAAAUAAGGUGAAGAAUGAACAUUAUGACGCAACAUGGUUUGUGAAAGAUGGUAAACAGUAAUUCAC